AGAGACAUCAUCAUUACGACUCAAGAUGCACUCCGAUCAGCAAAUAGAGAGAGACAGAUCCAACAAAAAGAAAACUCAACUUUGAUUUUCAUCAUUUAAACCCAAAAAAGGAUGAUGAAGAAGAAGAUGGCUUCUUCCUCUUUUCUCAAUAAACUUCUCAUCAUCAUCCUCUUCAUCUCUCUCUCCUCUCUUUCUUCUCUCUCUUCCUCUCUACCUUCUACUCCAACCAUUUCUCCUCCCUUCCAAGAGCUUUCGCCGGAGAUCGCUCCUCUCCUCCCUUCCCCAGGAGACGCUUUACCUUCCGGCGCCGGCGCCGGUACAAUCCCUUCUUCUCCAAGCCCUCCUGAUCCCGACACUAGCGACGGCUCCUCGUACCCUGACCCGGCUUUUGCUCCCUUCGCUUCUCCGCCGGUUUCUUCUCCUGCUCCACCGUCUCAUCCUCUCGCCGGAGUUGUACUCCUCUUUCUCAUUGUCUCAUCCGCCUCGCUAUGGCUCCGUGGCGUUAUAGCACUACUAUAGUUCCACUUCAGUUAUACAUUAGACGAACGUUUUGGGUUUCACGUGUUUGUCCAAAUGUAUAUCAUUCUCGAAUAAACAAAAAAUAUAUAUAACAUUUUUCUUCCGCUGUGAGCUAUGUAUUAUACAUUUAAUCUUUCCAUUUCACUUCCCCUGCUGAAAUUGUGAGUCAAUGUUAAACAUUUCGAUUAACAUGCAUAUAAGCUUUUUUUUUUGUUUAAGACGUGUGUACAAGUUAUAUCAAGGAUGUUAUCAUUUGAACUCAAA